CUUUCUCUCUCUUCUGUAGCCUCAUCUCUCUCCUCUGUAACCUAAGGUGUAAGGUGCCUCUCUCUCUUCUAUAACACCUAAGGUGUCUCUCUCGGAACCUAAGGAUUACUGCUCGGAUAGCCUUUAUUGGUCCGGCAACUAGAGCUUUGUAUUAAUAUGGAGGGGCCUCUUGCUGCUGGCGCUGCAGUUGGUGCUGCUGCAUUAGGGGCACGCUACUUAAUCCAGGCUUGGAAUGCAUUUAAAGCGCGUCCAUUAGUCCCUCAUGCUCGGAGAUUUUACGAGGGUGGGUUCGAGCAAGUGAUGUCAAGAAGAGAAGCUGCACUCAUCCUUGGAGUCAGGGAAUCUGCUGUUAUGGAGAAGAUUAAAGAGGCCCACAGAAGAGUAAUGGUUGUAAAUCACCCAGACGCUGGUGGCAGCCAUUAUCUGGCUUCCAAGAUCAAUGAGGCAAAGGAUAUGUUAAUUGGGAGAUCAAAGGGUGGUGGUUCUGCAUUUUAGGAAGACUGCCCUUCCUUUCCAGUAUACGCUGACACCCACUGAUAUCUUCUUUUUCUUGUCUAAUAUUGAAAUUUUGACAAAAGCUAACACAUUAUAAUCAAUAAUGAUUUGUAAACUAUUCAUCAUAUGCUUUACAUGUAUUUUUUAAUAAUUACUUAUUCAAGACCAAUAAUGGUCAACUUUCUGAUAUAAAAACAAUGUUUUAGCUUCA